UCUCCACUCGUUCUUGUAACACCAACAAAGUCGAAGCGAUGCCGUCGGAAGGUGUUGAAGUGUUCUCAAAUCCAUUAGCCCCGCCGUCUUCGUCAGGAUCGUACGGAGGCCAUCAUGGCGGCGGAGUACCAGCAUUGACAAAUGAAGAUUUUCGUAAACUUUUGAUGACCCCACGGUCUGGUGUACCAUCUGUGGCUCCGCCGUCAGCUAAGUCAUCAAGUCACAGCAGCAAGAGCGUGGCAAGCAGUAUCCAUUCUCAUCGUAGUAGCAGGGAUGAGGAAGAAGGGUAUGGUGAAGGAGAUGAUGAUGAUCCCUUGUCUAGAAGAAGAAAGAAAAAGAAGUAUUAUGCAAAACUUAAGAAGAUGGAAGAGGAAAGAGAACAAGAGCUUGCAAGUAAAUACAGAGAUCGAGCAAGGGAACGAAGAGAUGGUCUAAACCCUGACUAUCAGUCAACGGACACCCUCAGUGCGACAGCCAAUUACCGAGCAGUUGGACCUACUGCAGAAGCAACAAACACUGCAGCUGAGAGACGUCGCCAAGCUAUUCAAGAGAGUAAGUUUCUUGGUGGUGACAUGGAGCACACUCAUCUUGUGAAAGGCCUGGACUUUGCCCUGUUACAGAAGGUUCGUAGUGAAAUUGCAGAGGAGGACGAGGAAGAUGAGGAACUGAAUGUAAAGAAAGUGAAAAGUAAACAAAAAGACAAAGAAAGAGAUCUAUGUAUAUACAAGAAAACAAAAAUUUGUCAAAAAAUAUACAAAGCCUUGUUCAGGAAUCGACCAGCAGAGAGAAAUGAACUGUUUCAACCAGGACGAAUGGCUUAUGUGUUUGAUGUCGAAGAUGAAUAUGCUGAAAGCGAUAUCCCCACAACACUCAUCAGGAGUAAAGCAGAUUGUCCUGGAAUUGAAACUCAAGCAACACUAACAACCAAUGACAUUGUUAUCAACAAAUUGACACAAAUCUUGUUGUACUUGCGUCAAGGCACCCGGGGAGGAAAGAAGGUUAAGAAGAAGGAAAAAGCGAAAGAGAAGGAAAAGAAUGACAAGCAAGGACAAAAGAUACGCCCUGCAGGGGCUGAUGACAGUAUUUUUGGAGAAAUUGGAGAUUAUGAUCCCACAGCAACUACAAGAGAAUAUGAAAAGAAAGAAAAGGCAAAAGAACGCGACAGGAAGAAAUCCAAAAAUUCCACAAGCUACUUUGAGAAAUCUGAAGGUGGAGUUGAUGAUGAGGCACAGUUUAGUAAGAAAGAUGUGUCAGCUGAAGAGUUUGCUAAGUCUGUCACUCAAACCUUUGGAAAAAAGCAGGAGAUGGAGGAGAGAGCAGCAUGGGAUUCAGUCGACCCAAAACGAAAGAAAAGGGAUCGACACUCCCGCAAAGUAAAAGAUGUCAAUUAUGUUCCAGACAGCUAUUCAGAAUGUUAUCCAGGUGCUGUGGAUAUGCCAUAUGACAGUGAUGAGGAGGCUGAUUACAGUAAAAUGGAUUUGGGUAACAAGAAAGGUCCCAUCAAACGGUGGGAUUUUGAAACAGAAGAGGAUUAUCACAGCUACAUGGAAAACAGAGAGGCCCUUCCAAAAGCUGCUUUUCAGUUUGGUAUCAAGAUGUCUGAAGGACGCAAAACACGGCGUGCAGGCCCCAAAGACGAGAAGGCUAAGCUAGACAGAGAUUGGCAAAAAAUCAGUCAGAUGUUGACCAAAAGAAAAGGAGAUGAAGGGUAAGUAGUACAAAACUAGUUAACUG